CCGCUGUACUUCGAAUUCGCAAAGGUCUCUACGGCAGGCUUCUACGACUUCACCAACAUCCUCAGAAUUUCCAACUUACCAUGAAGGACGAAAGGGGAUGAACUAUUAGUUAUUACCAGGUUUACUGCCCCCCAGGCGUGAAGCGAUUCCUUGCCACGGGAAGCAGCGCAUUCAUUGGCGAGGUAGAUGACUCAACCGUCUUGAAAUAUCCUCGUGCCCCGGGCGAAGACAUGACCCGUCUCGAAGUAGAGAGCAAGCUUCUUAAGAUUGUCGGGCCACAUGAGCGGAUCAUAGGGUUCAAGAGCUUCUCCGAGGCUGGCCUGUACCUGGAACGGGCCGUGAACGGAACCGUCGCCCACUACUUGCUGGAAUCUGGCAAACCGCCCCCUUCGCUCGAGCUGCGCCUGGCCUGGUGCCGCGAGGCUGCCGAAGCAGUCGCGUGGAUUCAUGGCAGCCGCGUUAUUCACUGCGACAUCCAACCCACCAACCUCCUUCUCGACAAGACCCUCCACAUCAAGCUUUCAGACUUCCAGGGCAAGCAGCUGUCGGAGACCGGCAAGGUGCUGCUUGACGGCUGGAGCGGCGAACCCUGCAGGUUCUACUGCCCUCGCGACGACCCUUUCGAUGCGGACGUGAAAACGGAUCUUUUCGCGCUAGGGUGCACUAUCUACUUCAUUAUGAUGGGCCAUGCUGUGUUCCCUGACAUUAUCGACGGCGAAGACGCAUGGUAUGAGAAGGUGAGGGAGAGAUUUGCGAGCAAGCUGUUUCCACAAGACGAACAUGCUUGCAGCGCUGUUACGUUAAGGUGCUGGCAGAAGGAAUAUGAAGCUGCCGAGGAAGUGGUUCGGGACAUUGAGGCGCUGGAAAGGACGACGUGAUCUUGAACUAGGGGCAUGGUAGCUUGAAGGGAUGGAAGAAGGAGGUGGGGCUAGGCGAUUUCUGGGGUUUGGACAAAUCUCCGAGCAGCAAUCUAGCCUCAAACUUGAAUAAUUACUGCCUAUCGAAAAUAUCUGAAUAUGCUAUUUCAUUCGGUUCGGAGAGUCUUAAGAGUCUUGA